AGGCUCCAGGCUCUGAGCUGUCAGCACAGAGCCCGACGCGGGGCUCGAACCCACGGACCGCGAGAUCAUGACCUGAAUCGAAGUCGGCCGCCCAACCGACUGAGCCACCCAGGUGCCCCAGAAAAUUUGGAUUUCUUCUUGAGGAAAACGGAAAGCCAUUGAAGAGUUUUCAAAGUGGAGACCAGGUUCCAUCAAGAAUGAUGUCGGUCAUCAAGGUGGAAGAGAGGGAGGACUGGGGAAUCAUGCACCAAUCCUUAAAUGCCAGAAGUGAGGCUUGAGGAGUCUAUAGAAGCUCUGUGGACUAGACUACAUAAAAGCAGUCAUCUAUACCUGUGCUGGCCCCAGGUAGAGAAGGCACCCGGAAGGAAUCCCUCAAAGUCAAGCAUGUAACGAAUACCUUGGAGGCUUCUGGUCAUGGAGCAGUGGUAGCCAGUACAACAGAAGGUGAACUUGGACUUGGCUCCUCAUUGGCUGCAGGACACAGGUUGUUGUCACUCCUUCUCUCCACUCUGAUGUUUCCUCUCCUGCAGAUCCAGGAAGGUGGAGAUGACUAAGUUCUCCCCAGAAUGCCUGAUCUUUCUGAAGCCAGACCAACAUUUAAAGAAAAUGAUGUGCAGGACUCAAUUUCCUUUAAAAACACCCAAUGCACGUCCCCAAGUGCAGAAUUUGGCUACAACCUUCCUUUGUCGAGACUCUCUUCCGUACAGCUGAGAGAAGAAACUACUUCUAACUUCCAGAUGAGCACGAAUGAAGUUUUGGAGGAAAGCCUGGUGCAACACUUUCCGCAGGUGGAUUCCUCAGGAGAGAAGAGACUUCAGGAUGAACAGCUGCCAAGGGCUUUGGGGCUCAAAGAAGCUUUGGGGCUCUUGUCAGGACAAGACUUACAGACAUUGUGCUGCACUGAUGGCUUUUCCGUGACUGAUUUGCGCGCUCUUUGUUAAGACAAGAGCAGAUGCGCGAUGAAGGUAGAGCUUUGAGCAUGCGCUUAAUCACGGUGUUUUACUGCUCAGUACAACACUUGCAUUGUGUUAUGAAAAUAAUAGCUUUGGGCUAGGCAAUCUUUCUUUCCUAAAAGUUGUGGAUCAAUAGUUAAAACCACAAUGAAGUGUAUUUUCUCUCUUUGCCAAAGUGAAUGCACUGUUCUUUUCAAAUUUUAACUAAUCUUUUGAAAUUUUAAAUGCUGUGCAAAAUUGCAGUUAAAAUGCCAUAAACCAAGCUCACUGUGAUUUUCUUCUUGUAAAAAAUUUUAAAAUAACUUUAAAACAGUAAGCAGAUUAUGCUGAUGGUAGGAAAAUGUUAAAAAAUAAGCAUAAAAAGAAAAUAAGAAUCAACUCUUACCUCAUCAUCCAGAAAUAACUAUCCACUCUUAACUUUUGGGUUGCUGUAUAUUUGGGUUGCUGAGAAUUUAAACAUUGUUUCGUGGUCAAGUAUAAGAAUCUAAACAAAGUACUUUUUCUCAAAACAUCUUUAAGUGCUCAAUAAAUGUUUCCUAAUAUGCAGCCCUUCUACUUGAGGAUAGCUGGAGACAUAUGUGUAUCAGUUAGAUCUCCCUAAAGAAUAUUUGAGUAAUGAGCUCCUUCCUAUAGUCUGGGCUGCUUUGGUUUUGCCUUCCUACUGCUGAGAUAAAAGGACAUUGUGUUGGGGCACCUGGGUGGCUCAGUCGGUUGAACCUGCGACUUCCGCUCAGGUCAUCAGGUCAUGAUCUGACAGUCGGUGAGUUGGAGCCUUGCAUCAGGCUCGCUGCUGUCAGCU